AUGGCAGACACGACCCAGUUAACCGCCCUGGAGUCCUUCCUCCAGGCGCGUCCCGCUAUCAAAUACAUCCCACCCUCCUCUCACGAGUAUCCAUCCGCUCGUAAGAUCUGGAACAGCUCCCGCCGCGACAACCCGCUGGCCAUCGUCCAGCCGCAGUCCCCUUCCGACGUGGCCUCCUUGAUCAGAUUCGCCAGAUCCCAGUCUCUGCCCUUCACACUCCGCUCGGGCGGCCACAACCUGGAAGGCCGAUCCAUUGUCGACGGCGCUCUGCUCAUUGACCUGCGAGCUCUGAACGCCGUCACUGUCGCACCCGAUCGCAAGUCCGCCAUCGUCCAAGGCGGCGUCUUACAGGGAGAGCUCGCCAGCAGGCUCUGGGCAGAGGGGCUAGCCACCCCGACAGGAACUAUCCCUUCCGUAGGCUAUGUCGGCUGGGCCAUCUACGGCGGGUACGGGCCCUUCUCCUCGCACUGGGGUCUAGGUGCAGACCAGAUCCUCGGCGCGACCGUCAUCAACCCGGACGGCGAGAUCAUCGCCGCCGACGAGGCCCUUCUCCAGGGCAUCCGCGGCGCGGGAGGUCUAUUUGGUGUGAUCAUCGACCUCACCAUUAAAGUCUACCCACUCACCACCCUCCUAGCCGGCGCCAUCAUCUAUGACUCAGCCGACAUCGCCAAAACCUUCAUCGACUUCAACGCCGCCUACCGCUCCCUCCUCGACUCAGACCCCCUCCCCCCCGAACUCUCCGUCCAACAGAUCGCCUUCAACAGCCCCUCCGCAGGCCGCCUCCUCACCGCCACCUUCGUCUGGAGCAGCCAUGAUAUAGCUACCGGCCACGCCUGGGCCGCCAAAAUCGCCGCACUCGCUCCCGCCCUCGCCAACACCGUCGCCGAAACCACCAUCCCGUCCUUACUCGCCUCUAUCGACGCCGUGGUCCCAAGUUCCGCCUACGGCGCCCCCAGCACGCACAGCAUCCGCAGCAUCACCCCCGCCGUGGCGGAGACUAUCGGGCAGCAUCUCGCGACGAUGCCGUCAGACCCGGGCACUAUGCUCUCCAUACAUCAGCUGCGGGGCUCGUCGGCCUCGACACAAGACCACGCUAAUGUCUUCGCAGCACGAGAGCCGCACUACAUGUUUGAGAUUUUGGGGUACGCGGUGGAGGAGACGCUCAGCGCGCAGGCGAUAGAGUGGGCUGUGCAGAUGGCGCGGGGGAUUGAGCGCGCGGAUCCGGGGAAUGUGCUCCCGACGGCGUAUAUGUCGUUAUGUAGUACUGCUGCUGCUGCAUCAUCUGAUGAGGUGCUGCGCAGGGUGUAUGGAGACAAGGCUGGGGUGGUGAGAGAUCUGAAGAGGGGGUUUGACCCCGGGAAUGUGUUUAGUUUGACAGUGCCAUCGUUGUAG